CUCCCUACCCGAGCUCCUGAGCGCAGAGCAAGAGAGAGAGUGUGUGUAGGGAAGUGAAGCACUAGUCUGGUCGUGUUUUUCUCCCCUCUACUUUGCUCUGGUUCCCUUCCAAUAUGGCUACCCACACCGCCAAAUUGGGGGUGGGCCGCGCCAUCGCGGUUCUCACGUCCGGAGGUGAUGCCCAAGGUAUGAACGCAGCCGUCAGGGCCACCGUCAGAGUUGGCCUGUACACUGGAGCUAAGGUGUACUUUGUCUAUGAGGGCUACCAAGGUCUGGUGGACGGUGGGGACCGUAUCAAGCUGGCCACCUGGGAGAGUGUGUCCAUGAUGCUCCAGCUGGGUGGCACAGUGAUUGGCAGUGCCCGCUGCAUGGACUUCAAGAAGAAGGAGGGCCGUCUUCAGGCGGCCGCCAACCUGGUGAAGCUGGGCAUCACCAACCUGUGUGUGAUUGGAGGAGACGGCAGUCUGACCGGAGCUAACGAGUUCCGCACGGAAUGGAGCGAGCUGCUGGGCCUGCUCGUCGAAGCCGGUACCAUUACGGCGGAUCAGGCAAAAGCUUCCUCUCAUCUGAAUAUCGUGGGCAUGGUGGGAUCCAUCGAUAACGACUUCUGUGGCACAGACAUGACCAUUGGCUGUGACUCCGCCCUGCACAGAAUCAUGGAGGUGGUGGACUGCAUUGGCACCACCGCACAGAGUCAUCAGAGAGCCUUCAUCCUGGAGGUGAUGGGCAGACACUGUGGCUAUCUGGCUCUGGUGACUGCUCUGGCUUCUGAGGCCGACUGGGUGUUUAUUCCAGAGAUGCCCCCAGAGGAGGAGUGGGAGGAGCACAUGUGCAGGAGGAUGCUCGAUACCAGGAACAGGGGGUCUCGUCUGAACAUCAUCAUUGUGGCCGAGGGUGCUGUGGACAGGCACGGCCAGCCCAUCACCAGCGACCAGAUCAAAGACCUGGUCACCAAGAGACUUGGCUUCGAUACUCGUGCCACCAUCCUUGGACACGUGCAAAGAGGUGGAACCCCCUCCGCCUUCGACAGAAUUUUGGGCAGUAGGAUGGGUGUGGAGGCGGUGAUGGCUCUCCUGGAGGCCACUCCUGAGACCCCCGCCUGUGUGGUCAGCCUGUCGGGUAACCAGGCCGUACGCCUGCCCCUCAUGGAGUGCGUACAAGUGACUAAAGAUGUCACCAAAGCCAUGGCAGAGGGCAGAUAUGAGGACGCCAUCAAACUCAGGGGCAAGAGUUUUGAGAACAACUGGAACACCUAUAAACUGCUGGCACACGUGAACCUCCCCGAUCACAAGAGCAACAUCAACAUUGGCAUCAUCAACGUGGGCGCCCCGUGCGCGGGCAUGAACGCAGCUGUGAGGAGCACUGUGAGGAUGGGUAUCCUCCAGGGACACUCCAUGUUCGUCAUCCACGACGGCUACGAGGGGCUGGCCCAUGGCAAAGUUCAUCCAAUCACGUGGAAUGAAGUGCAGGGCUGGUCAGGCAAGGGAGGCUCUGAGCUGGGCACCAAGAGGACCCUGCCUGGCAAAAUGAUUGAGGAAAUCAGUCAACAAAUUGCCAAGUUCAACCUCCAUGCUCUGGUCAUGAUCGGCGGCUAUGAGGCGUAUGCUGGUGGUCAGGAGCUGGUGAGGGGCCGUGAGAAGUUUGAGGAGCUGUGUAUCCCCAUGGUGGUGAUUCCUGCCACCGUCUCCAACAACGUGCCCGGCUCAGACUUCAGCAUCGGCGCCGACACCGCUAUCAACGCCAUCGUCUCGACGUGUGACCGGAUCAAGCAGUCUGCGGCGGGUACCAAGAGGCGUGUCUUCAUCAUUGAGACCAUGGGUGGCUACUGCGGUUACCUGGCAACGAUCGCCGGCCUGGCAGCGGGCGCCGACGCAGCCUACAUUUACGAGGAGCCGUUCGGCAUCGCCGAGCUGGAGGCAAACGUAAGGCAUUUGACAGAGAAGAUGAAGACCACAGUCAAGCGUGGUUUGAUUCUCAGGAAUGAGAACUCCAACGCUAACUACACCACCGACUUCAUCUUCAACCUCUACUCAGAGGAGGGCAAGGGAGUCUUCGACUGCAGAAAGAAUGUCCUCGGACACAUGCAGCAGGGAGGAUGCCCAACACCUUUCGACAGGAACUUUGCCACCAAGAUGGGCUGCAAAGCCGUGAUGUGGCUGACGGAGAAGAUGAAGGAGUGCUACAGACACGGUCGCAUCUUUGCCAACAGCCCGAGCUCUGCGUGCGUGCUGGGCAUGAAGAAGAGGAGUCUCAUCAUGCAGCCCCUGGCUGACCUCCAUCCGGAAGUCGACGAGAUUCACCGCAUCCCUAAGACCCAGUGGUGGAUGAGGUUGAGGCCCAUCCUGAAGAUCCUUGCCCACUAUGACGUGGAGCUGGAGAACGAGCAGGCAGCCAUGGAGCAUGUGUCGCAGGGCAAGCGAGGGGUAGUAGUUCCCAAGUAACACAGACAGCAGCCAUGCGCCACACGGCACAGGGCACGGAGCAAGCAGUCCAGGGCCAGCAGUCCAGGGCCAGCACACCUUUAAGCACAGUCAUUAAUACAUUUUUAAAGUCCAGUGUGGAGUUUAAUUUAGUAGUUUAUUUCCAAAAUGUAUGCAUGCCCAUUCACAAAUUUUAUCUUUUUUCAUGAAUAUUUGCCUCACUAGAAAGUAUGUUUUGCAGCCAAACAUGUCCAUGAUGUCUGACUAUGACGUCUAUGAUGCGUAUGAUGUGACUGCUGAUUCAAAAUGCCGUAUUUCCGUGGAGAAGAGCCGCCUAUUCAUACAUGAAAAGAUGGUGGUUGCAAAUAUUCAUGAAAAAAAGGUUGUGAAUGGGCAGCACAACUUGUGGAAAUGGACUACUGAGAACACUACACACUCUACCUCUAUGCCUUUUUUUGGAUCACAGACUUUGGUGUAACAACAUCAUUAAAUUCAAUAAUCUGCAAUAUCUACA